GUCUGUUUCAUUUCUGGUUGCUAGCACUUCGAUCUCUGAGGAGCAGACGAUGAACCAGAUCCAUUCGUAUUACAGCAGAAUGUCGAAGAGAGUGCUAUUGAACCAGAGGUUCAAGAUAACCAUCUUGGUGGUGGUGUUGUUGGUCUCAUCCCUCUCGAUUUACUAUUACAAUGGGGAUCUUGGGCAGCAGCCAAGUGGACAAGAUGGUGGUUUGAAAAUAUUGUCCCAUGGGGGUGCUGAUGGAUUUAGCGAUGGCAAUAAGGAUGGGUAUGAUGAAUUGCAGAACAACCAUGAUACCAGUUAUUUUAAUGACGAUAAGGCUGCCAGUGACAAUAAUAAUAAUGAUAAUAAUAGUAAUAAUAAUGAUAAUAAUCAUAUUAGUCUUGAUACGUUGGACCAGAAUCUAAGGGAUAAAUUAAACAAGAAUUUCAAUGAAAAGCAGCUAUCAUUAACCAAGAGUGAAUAUCAAGAGCUAGUCAAAGCAUUUGAAGAAAAUCAGUACAGGAUAUUUAAGAAAUCUAAAGCCAAUGCUACAUUUGUAACAUUGGCAAGAAACAGCGAUAUUUGGGGGAUAGUUGAUGCAAUUCGAUCAGUUGAAGAUCGAUUCAAUAAAAAGUUUCAUUACGACUGGAUUUUCCUUAAUGAUGAAGAGUUUUCGCAGGACUUUAUUGAUGCAACGUCAGCAAUUGUUUCGGGAAAGACCAAGUAUGGAAAGAUUCCCAAAGAACAAUGGUCUUAUCCGGAUUUUCUUGAUGUUGAGAAAGCAGACAAAGCGAGAGAGGAAAUGAAAGAAAAAGGUAUAAUAUAUGGAGAUUCAGUGUCCUAUAGACACAUGUGUAGGUUUGAAUCAGGAGUUGAACCAGAUAUCAAAUUUUACUGUGAUAUCGACUACGAUUUAUUCAAGUUUAUGGAGCUCACUAACCAAACAUACGCAUUCACCAUAUCAAUUUAUGAAUUUGAAGCUACAAUUCCAACAUUGUGGCAGACUACAAAGGAUUUUCUUAAGGAACAUCCAGAUUAUUUACACGAGAACAAUCUUAUGAGUUUCCUAUCUGACAAUGGAGGAGAGAAAUACAAUUUAUGUCAUUUCUGGUCGAAUUUUGAGAUUGCCAGUUUGAAUUUCUUUAGAAGCCAAAAAUAUCGAGAGUAUUUUGAUUAUUUGGAUAAAACCGGGGGAUUCUUUUACGAGAGAUGGGGAGACGCGCCAAUUCACUCGAUUGCUGUCAGUUUGUUUGAAGACCGUAACAAAAUCCACUUUUUCGACGACAUUGGAUACAACCAUGGAGUCUACCACAGCUGUCCUCUCAACACUGAGUUUCGAAAGAAACACCACUGUUCGUGCAACCCAGAUAACGACUUCACCUGGAGAGGUUACAGCUGCACCACCAAAUACUUUGAUGUUCAAGGUCUUACCAAACCAGCAGAAUGGAAGGACUACACUUAGCGUGCUUGUAGCUGCACGAAUACAUGUUUUUGCAUACUGUUUGACACAAGAAGUCUACUUUUGCUUAGCGUUCGCUAUUCGGCGUCAUGAGAUAGACCGCAAAAGCAAAGCACGUGCUUGUGGUACAACUUCAACCCUUGUGAGAUACUGAGAUGAGAAGCAACAGAUGCCGUUGUUUCGACCACACGUGUUGUAUCCGACAGCACCGCAGCCAGAAGAAAGCUUGUUUUUCCAGCAAAACCGGUGCACCAACCCAGCAACUGUGCAAGAAAGGUCCGGGCACAGCAGCGCAAACAGAGCUCGGCUUUGCUUUCCGGGAAGGUGCCGACAAGUUGCGCAAGUUAUAGAGUGAGCACAGAAUCCGCGCAACUUAGAACGGACAGGCAGGGG